CGUUAUCUUUGCAUUUCAGCAUCAAUUUCUUCAGCAGCUAGAGAGACUCCACUCCAUCACUGCUACAGAGCUGCUCUGCAGUCAUGAAGUCCAGUUCAGGCCCCUCGCUGUGGCCUCUGGUCCUGUUCAUAUUCUCCUUGCUCACUGGACUUUCAGCACGAGAAGAGCUCCCAAUAACCAAUCUCACCGCUGAGUUUAACCGAAUCUCGUUAUCCACACAAAUAGAGCUACCACCCUCAAAAACCAAUCUUAACCAAACCUCGUUAUCCAGACAAAUAGAGCUACCACCCUCGAAAACCAAUCUUAACCAAACCUCAUUAAUAAGACGCGUAAAGCUAACACCCCCGAGACUCAACUUCACCGAGGAGUUUAACAAGACCCCCGUCUCCAGACCUGUAAAGCUAACACCCCCUACGAUCCAUACUAUCCAGGAUUUGAGAAAUAUCAAUGUGUUCGGGUUCCAGCCCCCCUCGCAUGGCUUCGCUCUGCUCUGGUGGCUGUGCUCGAGCGAGACGUACAUUGACAUCAACGGAGACACUGUGCUGCGCAGCAAUCCCAAUGCGGGCCAUUACGGAUUUCAUCAUUUCUACAAUUUAUUUGACAACAAUUUAGGAGGCCAUCUCUUGCCUGUUGUUGCUGGCGUCCAUUACUACACUGUUGGAAACUUAAACCCUAACACACACCCAGGGGCAAUAAAUUUGCCAUAUGAUGUCAGGAGGUACUAUAAUAGGAACAUAUUGAACAGCAACAGUGAACGACUGAUUAUUUCAAACACCUGGGUCUAUCACGGCAUCUUCAAUGUGCAGAGUAUUUAUAUCACCAACCAUUACCAUCCAGGGUAUGAAAUUGCGCCCAACCUCGUCGCCCAAAUACGGAACCUGAACCUUGGAAAUUUUUUAAACGCGGUGGGUUACCCCAGUUACAGCCCUGCGUCCUGCCAUGUCAUACCUCCUCCGGGGCGGAGAAGGAAGAGAGAGGCUAGCGAUUGGGAAUGUAUCGCCAUGUUGAAAUCUGAAACCAGUGUCCAGGUUGUAGCCAGGAACGGAAAAGCAACUCUGCUCUGGGAAAAUAUACCCUGGAACGAGGACUACAGCUGGGUCGGUCUGUACAAUUCCGAAACUGAGGGCGACAAAAACUAUAUCGCAGACGCUUGGCAGUGGACUUACAAUGCACAGAGCGGUUCUUAUGAAACCAGCACUCAGAUUCACCCCGGGAUGCAGGCGCGUUUGUUCAGACGCGAGUAUGCCAGGUUUGUCCUGAAAAGUCCAGGGAUAGACGAGGCGUGUUGGGAGGAACCGGUGCAGUUCAGCAACGACGAGAACUUCCUAAUCCUCCUGGUGUUUCGCUCAAACUACGCGGGAGUGAAGCUGUACGUCAAUAAGUCUCUGGGAAGCAAGUGGCAAUAUAAAGACAAGUAUUAUUAUGGCUGGGUUGGGUUUUAUUAUAGAGGUGCUCCCAAUGAUUCCUAUCAGUCUUGGCAGUGGCUGUACAACUUUGAGGAAAUUGGUGAAAACUCUGACUACAAUGUUUAUACUGAUGGGCUUAACGAAUAUGACAUCACCGCAGAUCUGGAAGUGCGAGUUUUUUGCAAUGAAGCAUACGAUUGCUUGAUCGCGACGACUCCAAGCUGGUCUUGUUAAAAAUGUGAAUCUGUGACAUCGAUUGAUCUGUCUGUCUGUCUAUACAUCUGUCUAUAAAUCUGUCUAUCUAAAAUAUCUCUCCCCUCUCCCUCCCUCUCUCUCCCUCUCCCCUCACUCUCCCUCUCCCUCUACCUCCCUCUCUCUCUCCUCUCCCUCUCCCUAUUUCACCCCUCUUCCUCUCCGUCUCCCUCCCUCUCUCUCCCCUCUCCCUCUCCCUCUCUCUCCCCUCUCCCUCCUCUCUCUCCUAAAUGAAAUUAAGUUUUUGUGUUUUCAGAUGAUUUCAGAUCUAUUCCAUAUUGAUGUGAAAAAUAGAAAAUACAAUUGCAUGAAUUAAUUUGGCGCGCUGUUAACCAUGGCUUGGAAUUGCAUUUUUUUAAGAAUGCACUGAUGACAGUUUGGAAUCAUGCCUGUUGCUUUUCACCAAUAAAACUGCAGUCUG